CUAAGGCAGAAAAGAAAAUUGAAAAAUUAGAGAUUAUUAGGGUUUAAACUUUCAAAAGCCGAACACUCUUCUUCUUCCUCUUCUUCUUCUUCUUUCGUUGUAGUCACCACCACCAAUUCAGCAAACUCCCUGUAGGAAGCCAUGGGGGGCUCUCGAGUUCAAGUCAAUAAGCCUCACAAGACUCGAUUCUCCUCUAAAUCAUCUCGCAAUCUCCACAGAACCUCCCUCCAAGAUAAAGGCCGGAUUGGUAAAUCGGAGAGUAACCAUGUCAAAGGUGCCAAGGCUGCUCGUCUUCAGCGUGGCAAGAUGCUCAGAGAGCAGAAAAGAGAAGCAGUUUUGAAGGAGAAGAGGGCUUCAGGAGGAUCUAACAGUCCUCCUCGUGUCAUCGUCUUGUUUCCUCUCUCUGCUUCCGUGGAUUUGAAUUCACUCGGUGAAGAUGUUUUGAAGCUAUUAUCUGCUGAUGAUUCUGGAGUCACUUCUUCUUCAACAGUUGCAUCUUCUGAGUAUAAGCUAAGAGCAACAGUGUUAAAGGCACCCCACGGGGAUCUUCUGACAUGCAUGGAAAUGGCCAAGGCAUUAGAAUUUAUUGCAUGCGUUGCCGAUUUGAUGGCUUUUGUUGCAUCUGCAAACUCUCAAUCGGAAGAGAAUCUCUCGAACAUCAUAGAUUCAUUCGGAACUCAGUGUCUUUCUGUGCUUAGAUCAAUUGGUCUACCAAGUACCACUGUGUUGAUCCGUGACUUACCCAGUGAUGUUAAAAAGAAAAAUAAGCUGGAAAAGAUGUGUGAAUCUCAACUUAAAUCUGAAUUUCCUAAGGAUUGUAAGUUUUAUCCAGCAGAUACCAGGGAUGAAUUGCAUAAGUUUAUGUUUUUGUUCAAGGCACAAAGGCUUACUGUACCUCAUUGGCGAAGUGAACGACCAUAUGUUGUGGCUCAGAAGGUUGGGAUGCUGGUGGAUGAUGAAAGCUCAGGAAAGUGCACUCUACUUCUCUCUGGUCACUUGCGUGCUCGUAAACUAUCUGUAAAUCAACUGGUCCAUGUUUCUGGCGUCGGUGAUUUUCAGCUCUCAAAAGUUGAAGUCCUGAAGGACCCAUUUCCAUUGAAUGAAAGGAAAAAACAGAAUUCCAUGGAAGUGGAUGAUUUACAUGAUGAAGAGGUAUUGAGGUCUCUGCUUCCUGAUCCCUUAAAACAAGAGCCUUUAGUCGCUGAAAACACUCCAGAUCCAUUAGCAGGGGAACAAAAUUGGCCUACUGAGGAAGAAAUGGCUGAGGCUGACAGAAAUCAGAAAGAGGGAAAGCCAAAGAAAAGGAAUUUGCCACGAGGGACUUCAGAAUAUCAGGCUGCGUGGAUUGUGGAUGAAUCAGAUGAAGAGGAUUCUGGAAAUGGUGAUUCCGCUGAUGAUGGUAUGGAAGAGGAUCAUUAUUCCAAUCAAAACCAAGAUCAUUUUUCCAAUCAAAACCAAGAUUUUGAGGAUGAUAAAGUAACAUUGAACCUGCGGGAUACGGAUAAUGAAACUCAUAAUGACUCCGAGAUGAUGGAUGAUGAAAACUUGACAAGGGACCAAUAUGAGGAUCAAAUGAAGAAAAUCAAAGAGGAACAUGCUGAGCAUGAGGAAUUUCCGGAUGAAGUAGAGACUCCCAUUGAUCAGCCUGCAAGAAAACGUUUUGCAAAGUACAGGGGUCUCAAAUCCUUCAGAACCUCCUCGUGGGAUCCAAACGUAGAGUCUCUACCUCAGGACUAUGCCAGAAUUUUUGCUUUUGAUAAUGUGGCUAGGACUCAAAAGCUUGUGCUCAAGGAAGCCCUGAAGAUGGAAGAAGAAAGCAGAGACGAUUGUGUACCAACUGGGUCGUAUGUACGGCUGCAUAUUAAGGAAGUGCCUCUUGUUGCUGCCUCUAAAUUAUCCUCCCUUGUGAGCACGAAACCCAUUAUAGGAUUUGGGCUUUUACAGCAUGAAUCCAAGAUGUCGGUUCUACACUUCAGCGUAAAGAAGUAUGAUGGUUACGAAGAUCCUAUUAAAUCAAAAGAAGAGCUUAUGUUCCAUGUCGGUUUCCGUCAAUUCAUUGCAAGGCCGGUGUUUUCAACCGAUAAUAUCAGGUCAGACAAGCACAAGAUGGAGAGGUUCCUUCGUCCGGGAUAUUUCUCAUUGGCUUCUGUAUACGGCCCAAUAUCAUUCCCAUCACUUCCUUUGGUAGCUCUGAAGAUUUCUGAAGGGUCGGAUGCUCCUGCCGUUGCUGUCCUUGGUUCCUUGAAAAGCAUUGAACCCAACAAAAUAAUCUUGAAGAAGAUAAUAUUAACUGGGUAUCCUCAGAGAGUAUCAAAAAUGAAAGCAUCAGUCAGAUAUAUGUUCCAUAACCCAGAAGACGUGAGAUGGUUUAAGCCUGUAGAAGUGUGGUCAAAAUGUGGGCGUCGUGGUCGCGUGAAGGAGCCAGUGGGAACACAUGGGGCAAUGAAAUGCGUAUUCAAUGGAGUGGUGCAGCAACAUGACGUUGUGUGCAUGAACUUGUACAAACGAGCUUAUCCCAAAUGGCCCGAGCGUAUGUACCCGCAGCUUCUCUGAUUCUGAAGAUGAUGUCCAAGUUUAUAUAUAUAUAUAUGAUGGAUUCACAUUCUUACUUUGAUAUAUAACUUAUGGACGUGGUUUUGUGCAAGUCCUCCAGUUUUGUCAUGUAUGCGAUAAUUAUAUGUUUCUUUUUUUUGUUCUUAUUACAUUUCCAUUUUUUAAUACUAUUUCUAUUAUAAACCGCAUUAAUCUGAGCAACUGUAAACAAAACGAAGAAUGUUAGACUAAGAAUGUCA